AUGAAGCGGAGAGCAUCAGACAGAGGAGCUGGGGAAACGUCGGCCAGGGCAAAGGCGCUAGGAACUGGCAUUUCGGGAAACAAUGCAAAGAGAGCUGGACCGUUCAUCCUUGCUGUUCUCUGUGCCAUAGGUCCCCGUCUGGGCAACUCACCGGUGCCCAGCAUUGUGCAGUGUUUGGCGAGGAAAGAUGGCACGGAUGACUUCUAUCAACUGAAGAUCCUUACCCUUGAGGAAAGGGGGGACCAAGGACUAGAAAGCCAAGAGGAGAGACAAGGCAAGAUGCUGCUGCACACCGAGUACUCCCUGCUCUCCCUCCUCCACACGCAGGACGGUGUGGUCCACCACCACGGGCUCUUCCAGGACCGUACCUGUGAGGUUGUUGAGGACACAGAAUCCAGCCGAAUGGUUAAGAAAAUGAAAAAGCGCAUCUGCCUUGUCCUUGACUGCCUUUGUGCACACGACUUCAGCGACAAGACUGCCGACCUGAUCAACCUGCAGCACUAUGUCAUCAAAGAGAAGAGGCUCAGUGAGCGGGAGACUGUGGUCAUCUUCUACGAUGUGGUACGAGUGGUGGAAGCCCUGCACCAGAAAAACAUCGUGCACAGAGACCUGAAGCUUGGGAACAUGGUGCUCAAUAAGAGGACUCAUCGGAUAACCAUUACCAACUUCUGUCUCGGGAAGCAUCUUGUGAGCGAGGGGGACCUUCUGAAGGACCAGAGGGGGAGCCCUGCCUACAUCAGUCCGGAUGUGCUCAGCGGCCGGCCAUACCGGGGCAAGCCGAGUGACAUGUGGGCCCUGGGCGUGGUGCUGUUCACCAUGCUCUACGGCCAGUUCCCCUUCUACGACAGCAUCCCACAGGAGCUCUUCCGGAAGAUCAAGGCCGCCGAGUACACCAUCCCUGAGGAUGGGCGCGUUUCUGAGAACACUGUGUGUCUCAUCCGGAAACUGCUGGUCCUCGACCCCCAGCAGCGCCUGGCCGCCACUGAUGUCCUGGAGGCCCUCAGUGCCAUCAUUGCAUCUUGGCAGUCCCUGUCGUCUCUGAGUGGGCCUUUGCAGGUGGUCCCGGACAUCGAUGACCAAAUGAGCAGUGCCGACAGCUCCCAGGAGGCGAAGGUGACAGAGGAGUGCUCCCAGUACGAGUUUGAGAACUACAUGCGGCAGCAGCUGCUGUUGGCGGAGGAGAAGAGCUCCAUCCACGAGGCCCGGAGCUGGGUGCCCAAGCGGCAGUUUGGCAGCGUGCCACCAGUGCGACGGCUGGGCCACGAUGCACAACCCAUAAACCCGCUGGACGCGGCCAUCCUGGCACAGCGCUACCUACGGAAAUAG